AUGGCUUGGUCGGGAAAGGAGGGGUCCGAGUUCUUUAGGGAAGGGAUCGUUUACCGGGAAUGGGGUUACUAUUUGGCUAGGCUGAAGAAAUUCAACAUAGCGGAGAGUUACUUCGAGAAGGCGAUCAAACGGGGCCAGGAUGGCGAUCUCAGAACGUUCCUGGGCCUUUGUAGGACCCAGGUACUGUACGCUAGGUACAUCAGAGCGACGGCCACCACCGAAAACUGCAUAAAGAUAGACCCGACCUACUCUCACGUGAAGCAGAUGCAACUUCUGACCUUGUUCCACGUCGGCGAGUUCGAGUACAGUUUGGUUCACGCCCAUCAAGGCUUCCAGAAGCGUCGCAGAACCGCGCUGGAGCACGGUAUUCUUCAAGGCAACGAGUCCGUCGAGGGCUCCGUGGGCAGGGACACACAUCCGAAAGCGUUAUUCCUUCUGUCCCCGUGGAUACAUGAUCUCGCCGAGUAUCGGAAGCUGUUGUUUGAGAAGCUACAAGAGGAAGUGGACGAACUGGCCGGGAUAGAAGAAGAGCAGGCUAGGUUCAAGGUAAACGACCAGGAAGCUCAGGCGGAGGCCCAGUUCCGGAGGCUGCAGACAUAUAUAGCGAAAGUUUAUCUCGGCCAUUUGGCCGUGGACAAAUCUUUCCUGCAACGUUUGUACGAGCAACCGGAAUAUUUGGAUCAUCCGAACAAGAAAUCCGUCGAUCUCCUGUGUUAUCACGUGAUGAAGAAUUAUCGAAGGGCGGAGACCCGGAUGCAGAUCAUACGAAUGCGUCAGCCACUCUACGUGAAGCUCUUCAAGCGACGCGCCAUACCGAGCGGUCAUAAGAGGAUGAUCGAGGCGGAGAAGACUCUUAGGCGGAAUGUGAUAAUCAUCGAGGCGGACUUUCUGUUACGUCGUCUGCAUCGUAUACGUAUGAGCAAGGAUUACGUCACGUUUUUCCAUACUGUCGAUCGUGUGAAAGACAAGUUCGAUGCCUACACCCUGAAGAUGUUCCCGUUGAGACAGAAGUGUCUGGACGCGGUUUACAAUAUGGUCGCCUGGGCGUACAUCGACACCCGUGAUCUGAGGAGCUUGAAGACCAAGGAGCUGAAGAAAACGUAUCUGAAGCACCAUCUGGGAAUACGGGUGGCGGAAUUGCCACGCGACUGCGACAUCGGUUGGGUGCACGCUCGUAGCGGGAAAGAGGCGCUCAGGGUCUUUCGGAAGAGGCUGGCAAUGGCGUCGGAACCACUCGAGCUCGCUUGGCUCUUCCACGAGCUCUGCAAGUUCCUGAUCGACAUACGUCGCUACGAUCUCGCCCGAUUCUACGGGAAGAAGGCCCACGUGGCCAGCGAGAUAGCGAACAGCGAACAAUGGGUAUUGAAUGUCCAUCAUCUAAUCCUCAGGAUCGAGAUUUCCCAGAACUAUCGGAACGAGGCGAAAGAGGCCGCGGUGUUGGCGAUCGGCAGCGCGAAGAAGCUCGGUCUCGACUUCCUGGUCGAUUUCUACAUACGUAUGCUGGACAUGAUCGACGAGACUGACAUGGAGAAGAUGUCGGAUCAGGACCCGAUAGCGACCAGGCAGCAGUUGAUCCUCGACCUGAUGCCCGACGACAUGAAACCGGAAGUCGAUUACCUUUGGAGAACCAUGGAAACGGUGCCAGCCAAACGGAGGCUGUCUGUGAUGCCUGGCUGCAAGCCUGUCGACAAAAAAUUCAAGCUCGCGUGCAAACGAAAAAGCAUUCUGCCUAGUCCCGCGAGGGAUCCCGAAAAGGAAGCCAGGAAGGCAUUUUUGGCCCGAUACGAGCUGUCGAAAGAAAGGCCAGGGUAUAUCGACUUCAACGAGUUCGACUGA